GCCAAAAACACAAAGUAAGAGGUGAUAUUAAUGUUCUUUUGUGUGGAGAUCCUGGAACUGCAAAAUCUCAGUUUUUGAAAUAUAUUGAGAAAAUUGCACCUCGGGCAGUUUUUACAACUGGUCAAGGAGCAUCAGCUGUUGGUUUAACUGCAUAUGUCCAAAAAAGUCCAGUAACAAGAGAAUGGACAUUAGAAGCUGGAGCACUUGUAUUGGCUGAUCGAGGUGUUUGUCUAAUAGAUGAGUUUGACAAGAUGAAUGAUCAAGAUCGCACUAGUAUUCAUGAAGCCAUGGAACAACAGACAAUUUCCAUUUCCAAAGCAGGAAUCGUGACUUCACUUCAAGCUCGAUGUGCUGUUAUUGCUGCAGCUAAUCCAAUUGGUGGGCGAUAUGAUUCAUCCCUUACUUUUUCUGAAAAUGUAGACCUUACUGAGCCCAUUCUCUCAAGAUUUGAUGUUCUGUGUGUUGUUAGAGACCAAGUGGACCCUGUGCAGGAUGAGCACUUGGCUAGGUUUGUGGUUCAAAGCCACAUUCGCCAUCAUCCAACAAACCCAUUAGAAGAAGGAGCUGAAAUUACUGAAGCAGAAGCACCUGGUUUGAGUGGGGUUGAAAAAAUACCCCAAGACUUAUUGAGGAAGUACAUCAUUUACAGUAGGGAAAAAGUUCAUCCUAAACUUCACCAAAUGGAUCAAGAUAAAAUAGCCAAAAUGUAUAGUGAACUACGAAGAGAGUCCAUGACCACUGGCAGUGUACCAAUCACUGUGCGUCACAUUGAGUCAGUGAUUAGGAUGGCUGAGGCACAUGCCAGGAUGCACCUUAGGGACUACGUUCAUGAAGAUGAUGUGAAUAUGGCUAUCAGAGUUAUGCUGGAGAGUUUUAUUGACACCCAGAAAUACAGUGUCAUGAGAAACAUGAGAAAGACUUUUUCCAGGUACUUAUCAUAUAGAAAAGGCAACAACGAACUGUUGCUUUUUAUUCUUAAACAGCUGGUGCAUGAACAAGUGGCUUUCUUACGUAGUCGAUAUGGCACAGAUGUUGAUGUUGUAGAAAUUUCAGAGAAGGACCUAGGUGACAAAGCAAGACAAAUUAAUAUCCACAAUCUGCGACCCUUCUUUGAAAGUGACAUUUUUCAAGCCCACAAUUUUACACAUGAUCCUAAGAGAAAACUAAUUAUUCAGACUUUUUAAUAUUGAAGAAGAAGCCAUUCAAAGAUAGCAUUGUGAAAUAAUGUUGCUCUGUAAACUUUUGUAUUUAUCAAAACAAUUUUGUAUGUACUGUUUUACUUGCAUUACUAAAACAUGAAAAUUUGUUUGAAAUGUAAGGAAUAAAAAUUAAAUUCUUGUAAGAAUUUUUGGUUCAAUGUGGUAAGUUUCUGGUUUUAAGAAAUUAAUCCUUUGAGCUGUCAAUAAAUGAAUCUCAUUUUACUUUGCAUGGAUACUGUGAAAGACAUUAAAAAAAAAAUUAGGAACUUAAAUUCUUAAAUCUGCUAUUAGAGAUACUUUCAUAUUUAGUUCAUGGUCUCAAAAAACAACCAUGCUUUAUUAUUGGUUAGAUAGUAUGUCUGUUAGAAAAAUUAUUUAGUUGGUACACUUAGUUAUCUUUGAAAUACAUUUUGACCAUCAUUUAUAUGUGUUUAAUUGGUUAUUGUUUUAUUAUAUCUGUUUCCCUGGUUUUAUAGAUUUCUUGUCAGUCAUGUAACAAUAAUGUAUCUGUUACAAAUGCCUGUCUAUAAUAAGAAACUUUGUCAAUCUACCCACCUAGUAUCCAGCUAAUCAGUAAAUUUUGUAUCCCAGGUUUUACAAAAUCCAAGCAUAUUCAAAAUAUCUUCAAAAGUCGCCUUGCAAAAGUUUUGAGCUAUCAACCAAAAUCAUUCCAUAAAAUGUACAAAAUCCUAAAGUGAAAAUCAAGUUGUAUAGCUACACAUACAUGUUAGGUUUUGUUUGUUUUUUUGCAGUUGUAUUACAUGUUUAGCCAGCUGUUUGUUAGUUAAUGAAGCGUGUCUCUCACAUCUGUAGGUCUCAUGUACACAUAGUCCAUUCAGUGUGGUGCUUUGUAGUUCAUCCUGUGUUGUUCUGUGACAUUACUGUUCAGUUAACACAAAGAUGUAAUAUUUUGUUGAAGUUACACCAGUCCAUAUUUUAAUACAGAUUGUUAUCUAUAUAAAUAUAAUAUGUCUGUUGUAUGUCCAUGUAACUUCUUUGCAGGGUGUGGAUGGAUCUUCACCAGAUAUGGGCAGAGUUUCAUUUUGUCCAUGGGGAGAUACAUAUAAAUUUUCAGUUUUGCAUUUUGCGGUUUCACUGGUGUUUUCACGUUUUCUACCACUACUUUGUCCCCCUGUUGAUGGAUCUUCACCAAAUUUGGCAUGAAGUUGUGUUGGAUCCAUGCAGAGAUUCAUGCAAAUUUGUGCUUUCACAUUUUUUGUUUUGCAUUUUGUGUGGGCAUUUUUGUGUUAUUUAAAAUUACACAUCAGGGAAGAAACUUUUUAUGUCCUAAGAUACCCAACCUUUCAUUAAUCAUGAAUUUGCAUAAGUUCAUUUAACUUGAGCCCCCCAGUGGCACAGCGGUAUGUCUACGGACUUACAACGCUAAAAGCCGGGUUUCGAUACCCGUGGUGGGCAGAGCACAGAUAGCCCUUGUGUAGCUUUGUGCAUAAUUAAAAACAAUCAUUUAACUUGAGAACAAGUCUAAAGUAAAGAAGUAAACGUUGUGUUGUGCAGAUAUCACACAUUCCAUAUAAUAACAAAAUACUUUCAUUUUUCAAAUAUUGCUAAUUCAGAAUAAUAAAAAAACGUUUUGCCUAAAUAGGCUAAAAUUAACCCCAAGUGUUAUUCUGUAUGGCAGGACUCAGUAGAAGGUAGUGUAUAUUAUUUCUUGGAGAAAUUGUAUUGUAACCAACACCACCUUUUGAACAAGGAUAUUUUAUGUGUUUCACAUUGGGUUUUAUAACUUUAUAAGUUUUAUAACUUUAUUAUGAAUUUGUAAGCUCUAUAGAGCCCCAUUUCAACUUUCAAAGAGCUAAAAUGUAUCUGUUAAAUGCUAUAUCAUUGUCUUUUUGUUUGUUAGAAAUACAUAGUUACCUUUGA